GCUUUGAUGCGAGACAAUUAUCGGUAUAUACUGCCAAGGAAUGUGGACAAAGACAGCGCUAUCAACGGCCUGACAGUGAUCAAUAUGGAUGUGGGGGAGAGAAUGAGAGGUACAGGGCCGGGUCACAUAUUCAAUGAAUUGAUGACGGACCAUAUAGUCGGACUGUCAGAUGCCGCGCAGAGAAAACUGGAAUGGGCGUUUUCUGCUGCUGCCAUUGUUCAACGAUUUGCACAAAUUUCGGUGGUCCAAGAGCUCAAUCGAAAUAAUAUUCACAGAGCAGAGAAUACGUUCACGACAACGCGUGACUUCCACGGUCUGUUUGAUGAACUCAGCACGAAAUGCUGCGUAUGGACUUCCGGACCAAGUGACACUCAGGAUGCGACCGGCGGGCAAAUUCCUCUUCCCAGCCGUUGCUAUUUUCAACUCCAUAAUGCUUGUGCCAACAUUUCCCAUCUCUCAGGGGCAGGGGAGGUCGUGGGACAGCUAUUCCACGAUGUAGAAGACAUAAAGGUCUUAGCAGAGGAUGGAGGAUCUCAAGACCUUUUGUCAUUGGCACUUUCGUCACGCCUG